CUUCUCCUGGCAAACAGGCUCCUCUGGUGGCUGGGACCCAAAUCCAGAGACAGAAAGAGAGGAACCCUCUGGGAGUUGCCAGUUGUAAAUACAGGGCCUCCUAGAGAGCUUCUGACACAGCAGCUGCCCAGGGGCCAACAGAAGGAAGGCCAGCUGGAGGUCAGUACCACAAGCAGAGCAGCCUCAGCACGCGCUUGGCACCCUAGCUGUAUCCAUCUCCUGUCACCCGCUCUUUGACUACUCCAGCCACUCAGGUCCCCAUGGGCACCGUGCUCACUGGCUGCAAUGACUCUGGACUUGCUAUACCCAACCCUAGCCAGGCCAAUGCCAGACUUUGCAGUAGGUAGGAAUUAAGGCAUGCAGAGCAGUCAGAAUGGCCUGGAGGGCCCAGGCCCAGCUCCCUCCAGGCCCAACGGCCAGCUAGUACCUCAUACUCUCUCAGCAAGGCUACUUCUGUCUGUUGUGCACAUGAACGGGAGGCUGAGGAGCUCUUAGCACAGUGCCUGGCUCUUAGGGGGCUCAGUGGUUAGCAACACCAUUAAGCUGUUUCCUGCGCUUCUAAGGAGCCCGUUGUCCAACCUUGUUUUUCAGAGCUAAUUCUUCAGGAAUCUUUCCAUCAGUAGUCUCCAAGUUUGUUGAGGGCAACUGUCUUCACUAAGGAUGAAAAACAGAAGAGGAAGGUGGGGGAGGAAGAGGAAGGUGAAGGAUGAGGAGGUGGCGGUGUCCUCACACCCACAAAUCCCCAGUGUUGGCCACGAGAGUGGGCUAAGCACAGCGCUGUUUGCAUGUGGUUCCCUGAAGGCUGAGUUUGUGAGUAUUGUACUCACGUGCCACAGAGUACCACUGGGUGGGGGGCUGGUCAUCUGCUGACACACAGGAAGUGUGCCUGCCUUUAACUUGGGCUCCUUGUCAGGAAAAAGCUGAGUUCUGAGGAAUCCAGGCAGGAAAAGCCUUCACCACAUACACUGCUCGCUAGUGUCUCGACUCUGGAGCCAGGGACUCAAGGAGUAGCUCCUGUACCCAGAGGAAUGGGGUGGCCUACCCUAUGGGCCCUCUCAGCACUACUCUGUCUCGGCCCCUCCCAGGCCCUGGGCCAGGAGGGAGGUGCCUGUCCAGAUGUUAAGAUUAUAGGUCUGGGGGCCCAGGACAAGGUGGCUGUCAUCCAAAGUUGCCCUGCCUUCCCUGGCCCACCAGGGCCCAAAGGGGAUCGUGGCAGCCCUGCUCAGAAAGGAGAGCGGGGCUUCCAAGGCAACCCAGGGAAGAUGGGGCCUGCCGGCAGCAAAGGAGAGCCGGGAACCAUGGGACCCCCAGGAGCCAAAGGGGAGAAAGGCGACAUGGGAGCAGCAUCAUCCCUGGAUGAGAAGGAGCUAGGAGACGCCCUGUGCCAGAGAGGGCCCCGGAGCUGCAAAGACAUGCUGGCACAGGGGACCUUCCUGACUGGCUGGUACACCAUCUACCUUUCUGACUGCCGGCCACUGACUGUGCUUUGUGACAUGGACGUGGAUGGUGGGGGCUGGACUGUUUUUCAACGACGAGCAGAUGGGUCCAUCGAUUUCUUCCGAGAUUGGGACUCCUAUAAAAGAGGCUUUGGCAACCUGGGCACAGAGUUCUGGUUGGGCAAUGACCACCUGCACCUGCUCACGGCCAAUGGGAUCCAAGAGCUCCGGGUCGACUUUCGAGAUUUCCAAGGCGGAACCUCCUAUGCCAAGUACAGCUCAUUCCAGGUGUCUGGAGAACAGGAGAAAUACAAGCUGACCCUGGGGCAGUUUCUGGAGGGCACUGCAGGAGACUCCCUGACAAGUCACAGCAACAUGUCGUUCUCAACCCAUGACCAGGAUAAUGACGCAAAUAGCGGGGGGAAUUGUGCAACUUUAUACCAUGGGGCCUGGUGGUAUCAAAACUGUCACAAUUCCAACCUCAAUGGGCACUACUUGUCUGGCUCCCAUAAGAGCUAUGCGGAUGGGAUCAACUGGUUCACAGGCGGAGGCUACUACUACUCCUACAAGGUUGUUGAGAUGAAGAUCCGGGCAUCCUAAGGUGCCCCUACCCUCCCCGCUGCAGCCAUGUCCAGGCCAGGUGGAGGAGCUGAAGGAAGGGAUCAGGAGAUGGUGUCUGUAUGCUGUCUGUUGUGUGCUCCCUACACUCCCCUCUGGACACUGUCCAGCACAUGAACAGUGUGCACUAAUAAAAGUCAAAGAAGCAAAAAUGGCGGCCUGAACUCUGUAGCGGUAAAGGGCAGCAGGCACGCGAGGUCCCCAAACAUCCACGGUAGCCUCGAGGCUGAGACCCAGAGAGUCACCGAGACUACAGCAGUGGGGAGGAGUCAGCACAGCCUUCCAAGACCCGCUUCGGGGAACAAACCCAUUACUGAGUGGAGAGACCAAAGGGAAGCCAACUCGGGGCCUGCUGCAGCCCUGGACAAGGGUCUCAUGGGGCUUGGAGUCACUUCCCAUAGCCUCUCUACCACAGCAACUCCAUGGCCACUCUAGGCACAGAGGACAUAGGUCAAAGUGGCCAGUGCUGAAAACAAAAGGCAGUUAAAUGAGGGGUGAUGACCUCAGGAACUCUGGGAAGACAGUAGACUGAAUAGGGCCCAGAUGGUGGGCACAGGGAAGCUUCAGGUGUCUGAGACUCAGCCAGAAGGAGCUCAAAGGCCGGUGAGGAUGUGCACGCUACACCUAAGAGCAAACUGAGGCCCAAAGAACUGAGUAGUGCUGAGAGCCAUCCCUGGCUUACUCUCAAGGGACAAGUGUCUCUCUCCCGAAGGUUCAGAGGGUAAGGCUUACAGUAUAGCCCCACAGCCAUGGAGCAAGUGGUUACAGUGCUAUGGCUAUGACGAGGCCCAGGCCCAGGAGUACAAAUCCAGGAUCCACCAUGGAAAAAAUGCUACAUGUAGCCAAUCAGGCCAGGAGCUCCCUGACCAUUGGUGACCACACACCCGGCCUUCCACGGCUUCAGGAUCUUCAAGGUCAUUUGGCAGAGAAAAGUGGGCAGCAAGUACAGGAGGCAGAGGGAGCAACUUGAGUGAGACCUACUGGCCGGAGCCCCAAAAUAUCCAAGCUGACAGAGGACGAGUAGGAUGGGUCCAGUACUAGGGGGAUGCAAAUGGUACUUUCAUCCACACUGACACACAAGGCCAUGGCAACAAAGCAAAGCGACUCCUUGGGGCAAAUCUGGUGACACCAGGGACAGCCACUGCUCCCAUGAUAGGGAGGCUGCAUCUUAGAGCCUCAGCAGGGAACACAAACCCAAUCCUUGUCCUCCAUAGAGCAGCAGGAGGAGCCAGGGGCAGGUGUAGAACCUGAUGAAAAAGGGAGGCAACAGAGGCCUGGGUGAGAGGCUGGGGUGGGGAUCUGACGACAGGGAUCUCCACUCAGGCUCCCAAGAGUCCUGAAGGGAACAGGCACUGCCAACACCGGCUGUACAGUCUUCCUCAUGUCCACUGUUAGGUACCAGUAAAGGCAGUUGAUGGGACGUGGGGGUGCAUUUUUAUUUUUAGGAGCAUCUGUGUUUCUCUAGGUUUCAUACAAAGUAUUAAUUACUUUAAUUAAUAAGCAAUAAUCAAUCUUUUUAAAUUCCAUGUUAUAUAUGUGUUUUGCCUGCAUAUAUGUCUGUACAGAAUGUGUGUGCCUGGUACCUAUGGAAGCCAAAUGAGGAUAUCGGAUUCCCUGGGACUGGAGUUACAGAUGGUUGUGAGCUGCAUGCGCAUGCUGGGAAUGGAACCCAGGUCCUCUACAAGAACAGCCAGAGCUCUUAACUGCUGAGCCAUCUCUCUAGCACCCAAUUGUCAACCUUUUUGCUGGGGGGGGGGGUGCAUGCCUUUAAUACCAGUACUCAGGAGGCAGAGGCAGGUAGAUCUCUGAGUUUGAGGCCAGCUGGUCUACAGAGCAAGUUCCAGGACAGC